AUGAGCGGCGAGACUAGGGUUUUGGCGAGAAACGAAACUAGGGCUUUGAAUUCGGAGGAUCAUGAUGCAACCAUGAUGGAUGUGGGGGAGAGAUCGAGACCGCCAGGAAACCCACCUGAUAGGGUGACCACAUGGGCAGCGAAGGCGGCGGGUACGACGGCAGGAGGUAUGCCGGUUCCAGAGGCUUUGAUUGAUGAUGUGUUUGUGUCGAGAAGGCUCAGAGUAGAUUUUACGAAUGGAGAAGAUGGAGAACCAUCGAUCACGAUUGAGAACGAGGUACUUGAAGCAAUGAACGGGAUGUGGAAGCAGCGUAUGAUUGUUAGGGUUUUGGGGAGGAAUGUUCCGAUCUCUGCCUUGAGUAGGAAGCUAAGGGAAUUAUGGAGCCCGAAGGGAUCGAUGUAUGUGAUGGACCUACUUCGACAGUUCUUCAUGGUCCGUUUUGAGAAGGAGGAUGAAUAUCUGGAGGCGUUAACAGGAGGAUCAUGGAGGGCUUUCGGAAGUUACCUCAUGGUGAGAGCCUGGUCACCGGAGUUCGAUCCGCUACGAGAUGAUAUCGUUACAACACGGGUCUGGAUCAGAUUAACAAAUAUCCCAGUGAACUUUUAUCACCGAUCGAUCCUUAUGGGAAUUGCUAAGGGGUUGGGCAGGCCGAUCUGUGUGGAUCAAACUACAUUGAACUUCGAAAGGGCUCGUUUUGCGAGAAUUUGUGUGGAGGUGAAUCUAGCUAAACCUUUGAAAGGAACGGUGUUGAUUAAUGGUGAGAGAUACUUCGUAGCGUAUGAGGGACUAUCGGAGAUCUGUUCAAAGUGUGGUAUCUAUGGACACUUGGUACAUGGUUGCCCAAAAACGAUUGCGGAGCGAGUGGCAGCUUUACCAAUACAGAAGGAGAGGUCAGUAUCUGUUGAGCUAGCGUCCAAACAAGGACUACCAGAGCAGGAGGAGGGUUUUAUUAAGGCAAGGGUAUCGAGAAGAGGAGCUCCUCUGUUACUUCGGCCGGUGACUGCCAUGACAAGGGAAUCACAUGAGGAGGUUGAUAGAAAUGGCCGAGGAACAAAACAUAUUAAGGAAACGGAGAAUCUUGUGUUAUCAAACAAGUACGGAAGUCUUGGUACGGAUACGAACACGGGGGAACCGAGUGAGGAAGUGAUCUCUAGUGAGGGAGAUAAGGAGAAUCAGGAGGUAAACAUUCAGAAUGCUAAGGGUAAGGGAACCUUACAAGAGAAGAAAUCCUUAGUUUUUGAUAGCAAUGAAAGUAUUAAUUUGAAUGGAGGAAAUAAAGAGAGAGGGAAUGGAAAUAAAAAAAUAAUGGAGGGAGUAAGAGGAACGCCCAAAAAAUCGACUAACAGUCCGGUUAGAGGAUUGGUUUUUGGGCCGACCAAGGGAGAGACUAACCUGUCGACAUCAGGAAAACGACUGAGAGUGGAGAAUAGGGAUGCAGGGAGACCUGGUGGAGUUUUCAGAGAUAGUGUGGAGGUCAGGGUUAUGCCUAAGCUUCUUCAGCUGCGAGAUGAGGGUUAG